CAUUUACAAAUAUUUCUUAUCAGCAAGUAUUUUAUAACGAUUCUGUGUAGAGAGUAGAACUGAAAUCUAACAAAAUUUGUGUUUCCAUUGAGAUCGUCUUACUACCAAUAAAUAUUUUUAUAUAUUUUUAUUGGUUCAAAAUUUGCAACUUAACAAUGCCGAAUUAUACGUUUCCAUAUACAAGUCGAUGCAUUAGCUGUGGCGUCGCAGUUUCCACAAAAGGAUGCCUAUUCAAAGUUUCUCAAAACGAGGUUCAGGACAAACUGAAUUCUUGUGGCUUGGAGGACGUUACCUCAAAUGCUCCGACCUCAAAAAUAAGCAAUCUUCGAAAACGGCAUAGUCAAAUAAAAAGGAAAAGGAAUAGUUCUCACAGAAAGCUAAUUAAUGGCUUUAAAAGGUCUCUAGCAUCUACGAAAAAACCAUUCACUCCGUUUGUAAAGAAACAAAUUUUAUUGAUGUCUUCAGAGCCCUUUCUCUAUAAGGCUGUCAUUCUAAGAGAGAUGAUCAGGUUAGGAAGAAAACCGAAUCGAAAGUUCGAAAAGGCUGCGAUAAAUGCUGUAAUUCAGUAAUGCAUCUGACGUACGAUAUUGGAACCGCAUUCCAACCUUGCAUAGUAGAGAUGAAAGAUGUAACAGAGGCGCCUUCUUUUGAGAACAAAGUACCCAUCAUUGGAAUCAUUUGCAAUGAAUGAAUGAAUGAAAUGGGAACCUCCAGAAGAAGAAUCAAUGGAAAUUUAAGUCUUUCAUCAGAAUCAUUGACUCUUAUAAAUAAAAUAUUUAUUGAGCUAU